UAUAUGUAGUAAGACUGCUUUCUUCUUAUUGUAGUGUUUGUAAAAUUAAUUAUCGUUUAUGUAAAACUAUAAAUUUUGUUUGAACGCAAACAUUCUAAACUAAAAAAAAUUAUCGUUAGAAAUUAUGUUAUAACUUGUCGCGACGCUAAAACAACAAUAUGGCUUCCCAAUCUGAAUACAAGAAAACAUUGGUAGUAAACAUUGAAAAUUUUGAGAAGAUUCAAAACAUUCUAAAUGACAAGGAGAAGUACAAGGAGAUACUUGAAAACAGCGAGAAUUUUAACACUCGCUUGUGCGUUGAACGCCGCCUUCGCAUGCCGUUCCUUGACCCCCAGACGGGGGUCGCACAAACUCACAGUUCCCUUUUUAUGAAAAAAAAACAGCGCAUGCCGGGUUUUCGAAAUGGUCAGAUAUACACCUAUCCCUCGUCCCGUUGGCGCAAACCCAAACGUCAGUACUUACUUAACCCGAAUCAGAGCUACAGAGCAUAUCAGUACCGCGAACACAAUCUUCAGAACUCCCACCACCAACCGCAUCAACAUCAUCUUAUUCCUUCGUCUGGCGUUGCUGUCACACGAGACUUGCAUAUUACUGAGAGCGCAGCCAUUAUUGCAACGGAUGCCAACUCCAUGGGAGCCUCAGGAGACAAUGAUAGUAAGGACUCACAUGCAAACGCCGAGAAAGAAUGGUUCCACGAUGAAAUGGAUACAUCACAUUAUCAUCAUGGCGAUGACUAUGAGGAUGAUUUUGAUUCAGAUAACGAUUUUGACGAGUCCUACACCAGCAGAGGGAAACGCAAAAAAUGUUCGCGUCCUCGACGAACUAAUGCGAGCGUAGAGGGCACUCCCAAACGUGGUCGCAAAGGUGGCACUCGGCGGAGAAACGUUGACGGAGAAACAGAUCGAAGACGUCGGGGCAGUGGGAAUAGUGGAAAUACAUCUGCAGCAGCCGCGGCAGCGGCCGCAGCCGUUGCACACGCAGCUAACACUGCAGCUGCUGCCUCAGGCCUCUACGCAUCUCAUUCAAAUUCAGCUUCUCCUAUUCCCACAAAUGACGACAAUUCGCAGUCAGCGAUGCUAACAAGCACAGCCUCUUCGUCGUACGAAAAGAUUUCAAGCGACGCUGGAGCUUCUAAUGACUCAAUUCCCUUAGCGACAAUGGCUGGAUUAAACGUGGGAUUGACUAAAACUGCCAAUGUCUGCAACGCCCCAUCGGUGCAAGCAAUAACAAAUCCUCCGGCGUUUGCCGCGGGAACUGUUGCUAAUAAGGUAAAAAAUCGUGUUGAACGGGAAAUAGCUCUACCAUCUCCUUAUUGCGACUUUUGUCUGGGAGAUCAACGGGAAAACAAAAAAACAAAUAUGCCCGAAGAGCUUGUGUCGUGCUCGGAUUGUGGUCGCUCUGGUCACCCAUCGUGCCUGCAGUUCACAGCAAACAUGAUAAUAUCUGUUAAACGCUAUCGUUGGCAAUGCAUCGAAUGCAAGUACUGCUCCAUUUGUGGGACCUCUGAUAAUGACGACCAACUAUUAUUUUGUGACGACUGUGACCGAGGUUACCAUAUGUACUGCUUGUCGCCACCUCUCAUCACUCCCCCAGAGGGCUCGUGGAGCUGCAAGUUAUGCAUGGAGGAGUUCCACAAGAAUAAAUAGGCUUACACCUACGUUUUCUGAAUUUAUGAUGCUCGAAAUAGGCGCACGUUUCCUUUUCAUACAUAAGUGGACGAUAUUUUAUUUUAGGUUUUCGUAUUUGAUUUAUUUUACUUUGUGUCAUAUAAACCGGAUGCAUGAUAACGAAAAUAAAAUAAUUGCAUUAAACUACGCAAGGGCGUUAUUGUCACCCUUAUAAACCUACGCACAAGUGAAUACUCUUACUGUUUAAAUCACUUUUCACUCGUGAUUCAUCAGGUGAAUCGGCGGUGACAGGUCACUUGACACUUUAUAUAGACACUUGUUCGGGAUGUCCGCUUUUUCACCUUAUGAGACAGCUUCAAAUCACAAUAACAUCACAGAAAUCACUUUUCACUCGUGACUUACAAGGUGAAUCGCCGGUGACAGGUCACUUGAGCUCGUGACGCAUACUUGACACUUCACAUAGAUAUGUGACCGGGAUGUCCGCUUUUUCCCCUCAUGACAGCUUCAUAUACAAACUUAUCAAUGUAACUAGUGAUUUACGUAAAAAAAAAUAAUUUUUUAUUUGUAUACCUCUUUAUAUCCUUUUUAUUUUGAAAGUAUUGGAUUGCCCUGCUAAAAUUUUGCCAAGGUCGUUCGAGCUGUCCAUUACUAGAAUUUAAGACAAAGUCCUUUGCCCGACCGUUUUCGUAGGCUGCGCCGAGUUAUCUGCUGGCAGCGGCAGUGUUGUUAACGAGACCUGACUCCAGAACUGCAGGGAAUCGACCAAGCUCUGAAAUGAUUUGUUUCACGAAGCACUUCUAUUUGGUCUGUUUUUAUUUUUACUCUUAUGCAAAAAUGUUCCGAUUUUCCUUACACAAGAUGAAAACGUUAAAAAAGGUUUGCUAAAUGACAAAACGGAGCCGUUUUCUUGAACUUUUGCACUAUUGGGUAUGAAUACAUUUUGGCUAAUUAAGCUCUUUUGGUACAUUAGUAAUGUACAAAUUUUGUGGGUUAACUUAAAUUCUAAUCGGAGACAGUGUUCAGAGUUCAACCGAUGGUCUUACUAUCAAGCCGCGGUUUGUUGACAAACGAAAAGCAAGUCAAUUGGAGCAAUUUAAAAAAGUCGAGUCUGCUGGUGUAUGAAAUUAAAAUAAAAUUAUUUGGAAUGUCAA